AUGCCAAGAAUGUGUGGAGACAUGGAAAUGAGCAGAUGUGAUUUACUGCCAACUAAGGAAAUAUUUAACAGAAAUUUUCGAAGGCCGGAAAAAUCAAAAGCUCCACGUCAUAGGCGUUACACUAAUCGAAAAGAAAAUGUUUGCAUGAAAUGUGAAUUGCCAACGUAUGAGGAUCAAUUCGAGCAUGAAAGAAGGAGGAAAAAAACGAAUAAAUUUCAACAUUGUCCUUCUUGUAAUUGUCAGUCUGACUUUAACGAAUACGAAAGAUACGUGGAGGGUUUGGCUAUGUUGGAAAAAUAUGAGAAUUAUUUGGCUAAUCCACAGAAUUCGACAAUGAAAAGAUCGAAAAGUCCCUUCUCACUUCCCUCUGGAAUAAAUUCUCGAAUGACAGGAGGAAUUCAGAGCUUUAAAAGAGGUCAAAACUCGGAACAAAACCAAUCAUCAAAAAUCGAAUAUCCGGAGGAGAUGCAUACUAUGUUUAUGGAUAUGAUAAAUUCCGGUGUUGCAGAUGAAAAUACAGAGUUUCAUGAUAAAAGUACAUAUAGAAAGGAACAGGACAAGUCCGAAGGACAGCUUCAAUACAAUCAGGAUGAGUCGGAGUUGGAGAGUGAUUGUUCGAAAAAGACUUUCGCCGAGCAUUGUCACUUGAAGAAGGAAAAGAAAAGUUGUUUCGAAAAGAUUCGAGAAUCAAUUGAAAAAUGUGAAAUCACAAGGGAUGAGGAACAGAAACAGACGAAUCACGAUUGUGGGGAACUUAAUCAGCUGGCCAUGGAGGCAAAACAAAUCAAGAGUCGAAAAGACAUUGACUGUCAAAAGAAAAGGACAAAAUUUGACAAAUCUGCAAUUACGCGUCCUAAUGAAAUUUCAAAGGGAAUGCAUCAACGACAUAAAAUCGAACCAAGCGCUAGUUGCCAUUCACUUUCAAAGGACGAUAACGAUUCCGAUAACGAUAUUGGGGUAGAUUUUUUGAAGCAAUCGCAAUUGCAACAUGAAUUCAAAGGCAAUUCAAAAAUUUCACGUCGUUCAACUAUUGAGAAUUCACAAAUGGAAAAAUUGGAGAGAAAUGCAUUAAUUGAAGACAGGAAGAACCAUUACGCAGGAGGUGAUUUAGAUUUGCAUACGUGCAAGAGUUACAUCGUUGAUCUUAUUGAUAGAGCGCUUAGCAAACAGUUGAGAACGCAAAUGGACGAGAAAAAGGUUGACCUAAACAAGAAUUCAGCAUCGUGGCAAGAAAUGUGUUUCGAGGUAACCCGUGCGCUUCAAGGUGAUUACUGUCAGUCAUUUACUCAGAACUUGUAUAAUUUUCAAGAGAAUAAUUCCGAUAAUGUUAAAUUGUUAAAAAAAUUUCGUUGGGGUUACGUGAAAUUUAUUCAAGAACAAUUGCGAAGUCUUGAAAAAAUAAUCGAUAUAUGCUCGCCUCGAAAUACAAAUGAAAAAGAAUCUGCAACAUCUUCAAUACUCAAUACUCAAUAAAUUACGAGUUUUUUUUUUUUUUUUUUUGCUGAAAUUUUUGGAAAGAAUCUGUGUAUGUAUAUAGGUGAAUGAUAAACUUUCCCGUCUGAGUAAUAUGGGGGUUUUCUUUUUGACAAUUUAUAUUGUA